AUUACAGACAAAACAAGCCUGUCCUGUACAUCAUCUCUGUAACUUCUUCAGCAAUCUGCACUGUGUACUGACAGUCAAAGGGGAUACUCAGCAUUGGCUCACAUCAAUCUACCAAUAUGUUCAGAUAUUCAAGGUGGAUAAUCAUCAGAGCAGGGGCCUUACUGUUGGGAAUUCUUCUUGUGGCUGCUUAUCUCUAUAAAGACUCUAUUGGCGACAAAAUCAACCCCCUCCAAGAAUAUGUGGAAAAGGUUAGCAUACAACCAAAGCCAUUCACCAAAGAGUCUUUUGAAUGUCAACAAAAUCUGUCUGUUGCCAAAAUCACAGGAUUCGAUUCUUUUUCUCCUGAGAUCAAAAACAUGUUAUACUAUGGUCACUGUCGCAAUUUCCCCGUGCUGCUGGACCUCCCUGACAAAUGUGGAGGAGCUGAGGAAUCUGCAGACAUCUUCCUUCUGCUGGUCAUUAAAACCUCCCCUCCAAACUACGACCGUCGAGAGGUGCUGCGCAAAACCUGGGCUGAGGAGAGGUUGUACAAUGGUGUGUGGAUACGAAGGAUUUUCAUUGCAGGAACGGCGGGUGAUAGUUUUGAGGAAGAGAGAUGGAAUGCACUACUAAAAGCGGAGCAUGAGACGUAUAAUGACAUUCUCCAAUGGGACAUCAAAGAUUCCUUUGUCAACCUCACCUUGAAACAGACACUCUUCCUAAAAUGGAUGGAAAGAAAAUGUCUGCAUGUUCACUUCCUUCUAAAUGGUGAUGAUGAUGUGUUUGCCAACACAGACAACAUGGUUGACUAUCUCCAAAGCCUCGACAAUGAUGGAAGCAAGCACCUCUUUACUGGCUUUUUGAUGGGUGGGGGUCCUAUCAGAGAUUCAAGGAGCAAGUAUUUUGUUCCAGUAGAGAUGUACCCGUCAAACUCAUACCCCCUCUACUGUAGUGGUGGGGGCUACCUCCUGUCUGUCUACACAGCUUUGGUCAUACACAAGAUGUCCCAGACCAUUGAUCUUAUUCCCAUUGAUGAUGUUUACAUGGGGAUGUGUCUGACCAAAGCUAACCUCAAGCCUACCCGUCAUAUGGGUGUAAUGACGUUAGGAUGGAAAAUUCCCUCCAGCAAUUUAGAUCAGUAUGACCCUUGCUUUUUUAGAAACGUGCUACUGGUACACAGAUUCUUUUCAGCUAAUAUGUAUGUUCUAUGGAAAAGAAUACAUGACCCCAAUCUAAAAUGUGGUAUCUCAAAGUAAUGGCUUUAACUUACAGGUGGUAAAAGAGCUUUUAGACACUUUGAUGAUUUCACUUGCUCUUAACUUGUGGCCUUCUGAAUUCUUAAUGAGAUAUGGUUUGAACUGAUUUAUACCACUGUUUAUCAUCCGCUUUUUUUGUUUGAUUGUUUUUAAUCCCCAUUUAAUUUUUGUGUCAUUUUUGUUAGUGUAUGAUCAACAAGGGUGUUGGUUUGGUUUUAUCUUUGCUGGAGACUCUGUUGAAACAAUUGAAUAUGUUGAUGUAUCUUGAAAUAUAUGUAAAUAAUUUUACUUUUUUUUUUGAAUUUAUAGACAUCUGUACAUGAUAGAUUUUAAA